AGGAUCUAAUGUAUUUAAUUGCCGACGGUCCUACAAUGUGACCUUUUGUAAAAUGGGGAUUUCCUCCAAAAUUGCUUUUGUAGUGUUGGCCCAAUUUAAACGCCAAGGGUCAUGAAAAUGUGCAGUGUAAUCUGAGUAAACAUCAGGGAGAGUGACUAACUAAAGAUGUUUACAUGUCAGACGGCGGGCUGUUUACUCACUUUCUAUUAGUCCAGCUCUAAAUCUAUUCCUACCAAUGGAUUGAGCAAUUGAUCUAUAUUUGAUUCCUACAGCCUCGCUGGCAUGUAAACAGUAUGACGUGUGACGAUGCGAUAUUGUGUUUACAUCUGAAUUCAACAUUAACAGAAGUCCUUGAUGUUUCAAUUUAAAAGAGUCCGGUGCGGGCUGAGUCCGAGUCCAUUGAGGCUAAGAUGACUGCCUGUCCCGUUUGGCCUUGGCUUUCACCUUACAAUGUGUGUGUGACCUUUGCCCUUUGACCCUUGGCUGACCUAACCGGAAGCCAUGAUGACAGCUGCCUUUUGCCAAUAGACCAGGGUGAUGGCAAUAGUGGUUAUAGCAGCAGGAGCCGAAGCGGAAGAGACAAAUAUGGCCCUCCGGUUCGCACAGAGUACCGGCUGAUCGUGGAGAACCUGUCCAGUCGCUGCAGCUGGCAGGACCUUAAGGAUUUCAUGCGUCAAGCUGGAGAGGUGACCUAUGCUGACGCGCACAAGGAACGGACCAAUGAGGGCGUGAUUGAGUUUCGCUCCCACUCUGAUAUGAGGAGAGCUUUGGACAAGCUGGACGGCACAGAUAUCAACGGCAGAAAAAUCCGUCUGGUAGAGGACAAACCUCGCCGACGCCGCUCGUACUCUGCGAGCAGAUCAAGGUCUCGUAGCAGACGCCGCUCUCGCAGCAGGAGCCGCAGGAGUUCACGAAGCCAAUCCCGCUCCAGAUCUCGCUCAAGGUCUCGCAGCAAGCACUCCCGAUCCAGAUCCGGUCGCAAAUACCGCUCCAGGUCCAGAUCUAGUAGAAAGUCUCACUCCAAAUCUCACUCCAAGAAGUCAAAGUCUCGUUCUCGCUCGCGUACAGAAAAGUCCCGCUCUCGCUCCAGGAGUCGCUCCAAAGCAAAGUCCGAGAGGGAUUCAAGAAGCCGCUCCAGGGAGAAAUCAACCAGCAGGAAAUCCCGAAGCAGAUCCGCUUCUCCAAGAGAGAAUGGAGACGGCGAGAGGGUGAAAUCCACCUCCCGAUCGCCGUCCCCAAAAGAAAACCGCCAUCAGUCAGAAUCGCCCCGCAAGCGUUCUGCAUCUCGCUCCCGGUCCAAAUCUCGUUCCCGUUCUAGAUCUGCUUCUCAAGACUGAUGCCAGCUUACAGAAGGAAUAUCGGUAACACUCAACACGAUAACGUUACAUUAGUGUUCGUUGAUGCAUUUACUAAUAUGAACAAAUAAAUAACAAUACAUUUAUUACAGGAUUUGUUCAUGUUAACUAAUGAAAAUACAGCUCAUGUUAACUCGCACUGCUUCAGCUAAUGUUAACAAGCAUGAAUGUGCAUUAGUAGAUGUUGAACUAUCAAUGAUUAAUGCUGUGCAAGUAUUGUUCAUGUUAGUAAAUGCAUUAAUGAAAACUUAUUAUAAAGUGUGAGUGAGUAUAUAAAGCACACACUGUAAAAAGAUCUGUUAAUGGAGCGUUUCUGUAUUUUGUGGUUUACAUAUGGUUUAUUUAUGGUUGUGAGUUGCAUUAUGGGAUGUUGAUCUCUGCUCUGUUGAGUUUUGAUGUCAAAUUCAACUCUACAUUUUAACAAAGUGACUUUUAGUGACAUUUUAGUGGCUAUAAUGUAUUAAAAAGAGAAUAUAUAGAGGAAUAAGUCUGUGAAAUAGCAGUAAAUGUACUGUCUGUUUAUUACAAGGUGUUUGUAGCAUAAUAUACAACACAGACAAUAUAGCACUGCAGACUAUUAAAAAUGACAAUUUUUUUUGCAACUUUAAGGUUCAAAGUUGUCAGAAAAAAUCUAAAUCUUCCAUAAUGCAACUCGAAAGCAUAAAUAAUUAAACCUGAAACACAAAAUAUGAAACACUGCGCAUUUAUAGACAUUAUUUACAGUGUAGUUCAGUGUUAAAUGAAUCAUUAGCAGCCUAUGAACAUUCAUUCAGUGCUUAAGAAGGCUGCAGCCCGGUGUAGUAUUGAUAAAUGUGCUAUUUUCAACAUCGCAUGAAAACUUAAACCGCAUACAGAGAGGUUUUUGUCCAAUGUGAGGCUCAUCGAAUCAGAAUUUUGAUAUUAGUUGUAACUCUUGUGCUGUUGGUUGUGUUUGAUUUGCUCCAGUUUGAGGUGACUUUAAAAGGCUCUUUUCUUUUUUUUAAGCUUUAGUUUGAAGAUUCAGAACUUAAUUCAGUAGAAUCAUACUAGAUUUGCAGCGUUUUGGUUGUUUUGUUUGUGGUGUAGUCAACAAGAUAUGACAGAAGGGAAGUUGACUGCUGCUUUUGUAUAGUAAUUCAUUCCUCUGUCUUGCUGAUUAUAAUUUUUCAACAUUGUUUAUGUAAGUGCUUUUGCUCCUCUUGAUUUUCUUGUUUUUGUGUACAGUUUAAUGCUUUAAUUAUUCACUCGCAGAGUCAUUUCUGUCAUGGAACUCAUUUCAAAUGGGUUUAUGAAACAUUUUUCACUGUGUUUUAGUUGAAUAAACAUUCAAUUGGUUUUUCA